AUGGCCGCCAAGCACAAGAGCAGCUACUCGUGUCGUUGCGAGGACAAGGGCGAGAGAUGGAGCUACAAAGUUUACAGGGAACUCUUCGAAUGUGGGAAACAUGCGACACCAAGACGAGCCCUCGCCAGCCCGACCAGAUCAAUCCUUACCAGCCAGGCCAUAACAGCCCAAACCCGCCAGACCAGACCAGCCUCCACCAGCCAGUCCAGACCAGCGUCCACCAGCCACACCAGACCAGACUCCACGAGCCAGACCACGGCCAGACCGCAAGAAAAACACACCAUUAACCAAGCAUCGUCUGCGCUAAGAAAAGAAUCAAUAGCAGUAAAUACUCGCCGAGUGAAUCCCAAUAAAAGAAAGCCCAGAAUCAAUUCAGUGCAAACCAGCUUAACCUUUAACGAACUCAAACCUCUUUUAAAAAAAGGAACUGAAAUACAUGCCGCUCAAACUGACCUUACUUAUACUGGUAACGCCGAUAAUGAAGCUAUUCAAACUGAGACACAAGACGAUCACUUACAUGAUAAAACAUCUAAACUGAAUAAAACUCACCAAGUUGAAACCAAUCCUGUGGAAAAAAAAGAAACUCGCGAAGACCAACUAAGAAGAAAUGAUUAUUGUGAUCGAAAAACUGAAACUGUACUGAAUGAUAGUGACGAAGUUAUAAACAACUUUUUUCCUAUGGAACAAAGUGAUACUCAUGAAUAUCAACCAAGACGAACGAAUGAAGAAUAUCGUGAUCAGCUAACCGUAGUAAUUCGUGAAUUUUUCCAUGAUAUACCAGUUUAUCCAAAUACGAUUGGGAAGAUUAAGCAACAACGACUGCACAUUAUUGUUGAUUUUGUGGAUGAAAUUGCUGAUCUAUUUAUAUUUAUUAAUGAUGAAGAUUACUAUGAUAAAGUGGCACGUAAAAUUGAAGAAUGUUUAGGUAACCUGCCUAUGUGGGAACCAAAAUGUUAUAAGGACAAACACGCAUUUAGAAACUAUCUAGAGGAUAGAUUGUUCACAUUAAUAAAGACAUUUAAUAAAAAAUGGCAUAGUUUUAAAAUAAAAAAGAAUGAGAAUCUGGAAAAUGAAAUAAUGAAUUGGACACAGAAUUAUCUCUUAAAUACCACUGAAAAGGGCGACGUGAGUAAAAAACUAAUAAAGAAAAUAAAACGAAUACUAAAAUCCAGGAUCGACGAGAAACAUAUUAGGAGAGAAGAAACUAUCAAUAUUUUAGAAGAACUAUUACCUUACUUGCAAUUGCCUCAUGACAAAGAUGUUAACAUAUUAGCUGGUGAUUUAACAAAACUUUUAAAUGACUCUGAGGAAAAAUGUGAAAUUAGCGAUGAAUACAAAUGUACAAGAGAUAAAUCUUUGAAUGAUUAUCAAUUAGGAGAAAAGGCGGAAGAUGAAAUUAUCAGUGAAAUCACUAGUAUUCUGUUCAGCUAUGACGAUUUAAAUUCGCAUAGCAAGAAACGUAAUGUUGAUAAACAAAUACGGCGAAUACUAAAAUUAUCAGGAGGAUUUUCAGAUUCUGAAUCAUCAAGUUUGGCCAAAACUUUGGUGACAAAUGUAAGAGGUUGUUUGGAUGAAGAUCUUUAUACAAAAAAUUGUGGACGUAGUCUUUCUAGCUCAUUUCUGGUAUUAACAUCAGAGCAAGAUCUAUCAGAAAAGAUUAAUCCUCCAUUUCACUCAACACCUAAAAGCUAUGUACGAAGAAAAGAAAUUCCGAAACUCAACAAAGCAGAAAAAGUUUUCAUUGAGAAAGUAUCAGCAAUCAUUAGAACAUGGCUUGAUACUACAGACGUAACUUUUGGGACAAUGGAAGAGCAGGCGUUUAAAGAAACUGUUGUUGACGAUAUGGCAAAUGAAGUUCAUAGUAUGGUAAAAGAAAUUGUCCAAUUACAAGUACCCGGUGGACCGAGAAUAAAUGAAGCAGCAAUAAAUAGCAUAAUACUAAAAGGAAUAAGGAAAUAUGACCUAUUUACACGACCUAUGACUGGAGAGUCUCCGCAAGUCGUAGAUCUUCGACGACGCAUUAUGGCUUUAGAUACUGAUCAUCUAUUAGAUAAAUCUGAAUUUUUGGAACCGCAGCACGGCAACAGACAAGCUAUGGAAAAUAUAAAGUUCAGAAAUAUUAAAAACAUAAAAAAUGACGCAGAUCCCAUUUACCGACCUAAUACAAUGGAUAUACUUGAAGAUAAUAUAUCUAUUUGGAUGAAUGAACAACCGUCUGACAUAUAUAAACCUUGUGACAAACCGACAAAAAACAAAUUAAUGCGAGAAGUUGCUACAAAUUUACAAGAAAAAAUUAUAAAGAGAAGUUCUGACAAUGAAAUAAAAAGUGAAUUAAAGCAAUGGCUAAAUAAAAUAGUAAAACCACAAAUGCAAAGAAAUGUUGAUGGGUUAGCAGAAAAUCUCAAAGACAGGAUUGUAAAACUGCCUCACGAUGAGACACUGGACAGAGUUCAUCAAAAAAGGAUUCAAGUACGGAAUGAAAAUAUUGAGACUGAAGACAAACUAAACGAGUUUAUUGAUAAAUAUAUAAGCCGAUGCAAUAUAGACGAUGAUGUUGUAAAUGGCGUUUUAAAAUUAAUGUUAUAUAGAGAGUUAUACAAAUUGAGUGAAGCAUCAAGGGAAGAGCUAUACAUUAACAGCAGUAAUGCGGCUUUUAAUACUGAUGAGUUUCGCAAGGAACUAGAAAUAGCUAGCGAAAUACAUGACUGGCUGAAAAACAUACCCUUUUACUAUCCUUUACUCAAACCCGGGCGUGAAACUAUAGAAUUCGUUCACAUUCUUGCAAGAAAUAUUGCUAACAUAGAAUUUGAGAGAAUUAAUAAUCCAAAUAAAAUGAAUUACAAUUCUUGGAUAUAUACUCGGAUAGCAACGCAUAUGCUGCAGAAAGAAGCGGAAAUUAAAGAAGAAGACAAGCUUAAAAUAGAUCACUACGCAGAACAGCUAUAUAUGCGUAUUAUAAAUCUACGCAAAGAUGAGGAAAAUACAGAUGAACUAUGUAAAAUAAUUACAGAGCAUAUGAAGAAUUAUGAUGCUUUAUUGGCAAAAGAUUAUUUGAAGAAAAUAUUAUGGCGUCGUCGGCUAGGUGAUAAUGUUAAGAAUUUGUUGCUUGCGAAACCUACAGCUUCCCGAGUUGAAGUCGAAAAGGCUCUACAAAUGAUACCUUUACCACACGAUGAUUCUAUAUUUAAAUAUAAGAUGGAAAUUAAAUACAAUAUAACUAUUCAUGACUGGCUUAAGGGUCUACCACUAGUGCCACCAAAAGAUAACGAAGAAGAACAUGGAAGGAAAAUUAAGAUUCAAGAACUGUUACAAAAAAUAAUAGAAACCGAUGAAAGAAAAGCUGGACACCCUCACGACACACAAAUUGACGAUGACUUAGAUGACUACAUAGCUUCUUGGAUGUCCCAGUUGCAGUUUGAGGAAAAUGCUGACAUAAACAUCCCUGUGAUGGUUUCGCAAUUGAGGAGUGGGUUGAAAUAUACUAAAAGGUCGGAACUACAGACAAAGAAAACUUCGGAACAUGGGGUUAAUAGAUCAAUGUAUGUCUAUAUGUAA